AGUCUAAAAGUCUGGAAUCAACAUUUGAUUUGCAAAUAAUAUUAGAAACUUUGUUUUUUAAAAAAAAACUACCUGAGCUUUUAUAACUACUGACCAAAUAUGACUUCAUAUACGGAUAAAGGAGUUAAGCCGGAAAACGGCCGGUUCGUACAUUUUGACCACAUUGUGUUUUGGGUGGGAAACGCCAAACAGGCCGCUCUCUACUAUAGUGUUUAUCUGGGUUUCACUCCCUAUGCCUAUCGGGGACUGGAGACCGGUUCCAGGGAAGUGGUUGCUCAUGUAGUCAAACAAAACGAUGUAAUUUUCGAAUUUCAAUCGGCCCUCAAUCCGGGUAAUGAGGAAAUGGGUGCUCAUUUAGUCCGUCACGGAGACGGUGUCAAAGAUAUUGCGUUCAGUGUCGAGAAUAUUGACUUCAUUGUAGACAAAGCUAAAGCUCGGGGAGCAGUCAUUGUUAAGGAUAUACACGAAGAAAAAGAUGAGAAUGGAACAGUUAGGUUGGCUACUGUCAAAACAUUUGGUGACACCACUCAUACAUUUGUCGAGCGGACCAACUAUAGAGGUCUUUAUUUGCCUAAUUAUAAACCAUCACAUGUAGAGACUUUACAUUUAUCUACUCUGCCUAAAGUUAACCUAAAAUUUACUGAUCAUUGUGUGGGUAAUCAACCGAACGAUGCCAUGGAAUCUGUUACCCAAUGGUAUGAGAAAAGUCUAUUAUUUCAUCGAUUUUGGUCCGUAGACGACAAACAAAUUCAUACGGAAUGGUCAUCGUUGCGGUCGAUUGUUGUUACCAAUUGGGAUGAGACAAUCAAAAUGCCCAUCAAUGAGCCGGCACCGGGAAAACGCAAAUCCCAAAUUCAAGAAUAUAUUGACUAUUAUGGCGGUGCGGGUAUUCAACAUAUAGCUCUCAAUACGGAUAACAUUAUUGAAUCUCUAAAAGCACUGAGAGCUCGUGGCCUGGAGUUCCUCAAAACACCCGACUCUUAUUAUACACAAUUGCGUGAGAAUCUCAAGUCGUCGAAAGUGAAGAUCGUCGAGGACUUGGAUGUACUAAAGAAGCUCAACAUUUUGAUCGAUUACGACGACAGUGGAUAUCUGUUGCAAAUCUUUACGAAACCAAUGCAGGACAGGCCUACUCUGUUCAUUGAGAUUAUACAGCGCCGUAACCACAAUGGUUUCGGUGCCGGAAAUUUUAAGGCCCUUUUCGAGGCUAUCGAAACGGAACAAGAGCUCAGAGGUAACCUAUAAUAAGGUGGGGGCAAAAAAUACAGUAACAAAAAAUAUACCGGUAAUAAAUGAUUAUCAUUUUAUAUUAAAUAAUUCAUUUACUAUAUAAAAC